AUGUCCGAUCAAUCAGAACACCAUCCCGAUGUCGAGCUUUCUGCCAAUCAAGAAGUCGCUCAGGUCGACGGUGACGAAAAGAUCGAUGAACAGGCUGAAGCUGUCACACUGCCCCCUGUGACCAUCCGAUUUCCUUCUCCUACAUGUUCCCGUACUAUUCCAAAACCCAAGGAUUCGUCGGAAGCCCAAGAUCGACUUACCAUUUAUCCUCAACCGAGCGAGACGAUGCAAGAUCUCAAGCUGCUCAUCAACGAUUGGGUAGGAGCUUAUUGGCUGGGUCCUUACUCUCUACGUCUUCCCUUCGUCAAAGGUGACGAUGGCAGAGGCAAGGUUUUCAGCAAGAAGCAGGAUUUAAGCGAGAUCAGAGCUGGAGAAAAAUUGAAUGAAUGGUUGGAGGUUCAAGACGCUUUUGCUCAUCUUGAAGAGGAUGGGGAACGAUUACUUGAAGUCGUGAAAGAACCUUACGGAGAAUUCACUGCUCGACAAUCGGUUCUUCGACUCCUCGAAUUGAUAGCUCCAGCUGGAUCAACUGCCAAUACCACUUCUACCUCGCUUGCUCUUCAGCCCGGAUCAACAAUCUUCGAGUCUGUUCGAGAUGGCGUGAUCGCAUCAUCUGGUGAGACUUUGUAUGAAGAAGUUGAAGUUUCUUUACCUAGUGGUAGGAAAGGUAAAGGAGGAAAGAAAGAACUCGUAAAAGUGAAAAGAGCUGUGUCAAAUGAUAAAACACACGCUUUCGCAGAUUGGAAAGGAGAAUGGACAUCUGUUAAACUCGGAGAUCUACCAAUUUCUCAACCUUCUCUCGAAAUUUCACCUAGUCUGAAGUCCAUUCAAAUAUCACCUUUCAACCCACCUCCACCUCACCUUCGACAACUAGGUCAUCAACUUUACCUGCAAGUAGCUUUGCUUGAAGGUGAGACCGUGACAAUCAUUUGUUCAACUCGAGGUUGGUUCGUAUCGAGAUCUAAUAUCAACAAUUUCGAUCCUGCACCUAAACAAAACUCUGAUGGAUCUAUCACAUCACCUACUCAUUCAUUGAUUGAUCUUUUACAUUCACUUUCACCUCUAUUCUCAGACAAGUUAUCAAAAAUAUCGCCUCUUUCCACUGAACCUCCUUCACUUGACCCGAUUUCAACUGUCGCCAUCCCCCAAGCUGAACCUGCUUACCCAUGGUUGGCAAACGUUCCUAAACCAGCUACUUCAUCUGAGAUCCUCCGAACUCAGCUCGCUUUCCUUCAUACCGGUGCCUACGGUGCUGAUAGUGUAGAUGCUGCCAGAGAUUGGAAUGAGGAGAUACAAGGUAUCAGAGAAUUGCCUAGAGGUUCAAUGCAAGAGAGAGUUUUCAGAGAAAAGAUGCUGCAAAAGGUUUGGGCAGAAUUCGAUCAAGCUGCCAUUAGGGCUGUUCAAACUGUAUCUCGGGGUGAUAUUCCUGCCAUUAACCCUUCGGAGGACCCAAAGGCGCAUAUGUACCUUCAAUCCAAUAUCUUUAUCACGCAAGGCGACUCUGAUGCUCUUGACGCUUACGCUCAUUUGGGAGGCGAUGCCGCGAUGCGAAUCUCCCAUGGAAAAGAUGCUGCAGGUGUCCGACUUCUCAACAAGCUUGACGUUGACGGACUAUAUAUGCUUGGUCAUACCAUCGUCGAUUGGCAAGGUAAACGAUGGAUUUGUCAAUCCAUCUUACCGGGUAUCUUCUCCAACCGACGAAAAGAAGAUGACGAUGAAGAGGAAGAGGCAUCCCCUGCUGCUGCCAAUGACGAUGGAGAAAGUCAGAAGAAAGAAGAUUGGGUCAAAGUUGGUGGAUCGCCUACUACUUCUACUGUUGAAGCCGACAAGUCUGCUGAGAUCGAAGAGACUGAAGACCAAGGUGACGCCGAAAACCCAAUGAUGAUCUAUGGUCUUGACUCCGAGAAGCAAACAUCCAUCCAUUGGGACAAAGGCACUCAUAAGCUUAUGGCUCAGAUUGGUCAAGCUCAACGACUCGCUGCUCACAAAGUCAAAGAUGGUCAAGAUGAAGAACACGAAUUUUACGCCAGUGCAGAAGUCAAGGGUCUUCGGGGAACAGAUGGAAGAAGAUAUAUCCUUGAUGCUCAAAGGCUUUCUCCCGUCGAUAUCGAAUGGUUGGAAAAAGACUACGAAACUGAGUCUGGUAAAUACCCUCAUCGAUUGGCAAUGCUUCGACCCGAGUUGCUGGAGACUUUCUGGGAGUCAGAGCUCAAACGAUGGGCGAGAGGCGUAGCUGACAAAGCUCAAGCGAAGAAAGACGAAGACGCCAAAGAGGAAGCUUCGAAGGAAGCUGGUCCAUCAACCGAGAAGACCGAUGGUGCAGAGUCCAAAUCGUCAGAAGCUGAAGCUGAAGCCCAAGCCGAAACUCCAAAAGAAGAUCAGUCCCCCGCUGUAGUGGAAGCUGCUGCUCAUCGAGCUGAAGAGGAGAAACCUCUUGAUGCUAGUGUGGUGGGAGAUAUCAAACAAUUCGAGCUCCGAUUCAACCCUGAUGCUUUCGUUGAUCAAGUCCCCUCUAAAGACAGCGACAGUGAAGAAGCUUUCCUCCCUUCGACAAUCAAUGACGAGUCUGAUCCUUCCAUCAAAGCUGUUAGAGAUGCUUCAGUCUUCUUGAGAUCCAUCGCUAUUCCAGCUGUUGUGUUGGACGUUUUGACCGGGAACACUUCUGGACUGAUGGACGGUGCUUCUUUGACCAAACACUUACAUGGCCGAGGUAUCAACAUGAGAUACUUGGGACAUCUUGCUUCUACAAUCAAGCAAUUCUCAGCUGGAGCCGACGGAGAGGACAGGAAGGAAACAGGUCAUCUUGCUGCAUUAAAGACAAUUGUCGUACAAGAAAUGAUUUUCCGAGCAUCUAAACAUGUCCUUCGAUCACUCAUUGCUGAACUUCAACCGGAAACCGUCACUUAUGCCAUUUCUCAUUUCCUCAAUUGUCUUCUUGGUACAUCCUAUAACUCUUCACCCUCAGCUACAUUCAACGCCAUUGGUGUAUCCGAUCGAGAAGAGGAACCAGAGUACACUAAACUAACCCCUGGGACCUUGAGAGACAAGAUUACUGCGGAGAUUCAAACCAGAUUUAGGUGGUCUCUGCAGGAAAGUCAAUUUGCAGAAGGACUGAGAAAGAAACAAAUCCUGCGAGAAUUGGCCGUCAGGUUUGGUUUCCAAUUGGCCCAAAGAGAUUAUAUCUUUGACAAAGAUCAGGAAAUUGCUACCACUGCUGAGGAGGAGAAAGAGGGAAAACAAAGCAAAGACAAGAAGGCAAAGAAAGUCAAAGCUCCUGUUGCAAAGAGAUCUCAUACAUUUGAAGCUGAGGAUAUCUUGACUUUAGUACCGAUCGUAAAGUCCACUGCUCCUUCUGUCACUGUCGCUGAGGAGAUCCUUGAAGCUGGCCGAAAUACCAUAAACCGAGGAUCAAUCGAUCUAGGAUUGGAGUUCAUGCUGGAAGGUUUACAAUCAUACGAAAAUAUACAUGCUGUCAUACAUCCAGAAGUGGCUUCAGUAUAUAAUCAAUAUUCACAAGCUAUUCAUCAACUAGCGAGAUUGAAAAUUCAACAAGUCGCUUCUCAAGAAGGUUCGGAUCCUGAACAACCUCUCGGCUUAGAUAUCUCCACCGCUUUGAGAUUACAGAGACAAGCUAUCACUGUUGCUGAAAGGACUCUCGGUGUAUACCAUCAUGAAACCGCAGGAUACUACUUUAACCUUGCAAUGUUGGAAAACCUGGAAGGUAACGCUCAACAAGCUUUAAGGUAUUUCAGACAUGUACUCAACCUCUGGGAUGUUAUUCACGGUCCUGAUCAUCCCGAAAUCAACACUGUAUUGAGCAACGCUGGUGUUGUCCUACAAGCUAUUAAUGAAACUUCUCUCGCCCUUGCUCUUCAAAGGCAAGCUUACGAAUCUACACUGUCACUCUUUGGUGAUUCACAUAUCCAAACUGGACAAUCACUCCAUCAACUCACUCAAUCGCACUUCCUCGCUGGAGACAUGGCUGCCGCUCUUUCGACUUCCGAAAAAGCAUUGGACAUCUUUAUUGCUAGAUUGGGAGAAGAUCACUCACAAACUAAAGAAGUCAAGAAGAACGUUGAACUCCUUCGAGCUGUGAUUGAUAAUGUCGAAAAGCAAAAAGAAAGAAAUGAGCAGAUGAAGAAAGAAUCUCAAGAUAGACUUAAAGCUGCUAGAGAGAGGACGACCCUUGGUAACGGACCUGGAAAGACCAGGAGACUCGGCGGUACACUAGGUUCGACCGGUUCAGGUGGUGUAAGGAUUGUUGAUCCUGCUACUUUAGCCGCUGCUGCUGCAGCUGCUGGCCAUCCCAUCGACACCAACGGACAAGUUCCCGCUGCCACCGAAGGCGCUGCUGCCGCUACCGCUGAUGGUAGUGCCCCUGCGGAAGGAUCUAAUAUCGGUGCUAGAGGAACAGAAAGUGUAGAAGAACUAGUGAAGUUCAUUCAAGGUCAACAAACUCCUGCUACUUCGGCUGCUAGGCGCGGCAAGAAUGCAUUAAGAGGCAAAAGAAGAACAGGUGCGAAGCGAUAG